CCCGCGGAGGCGCCAACGGCCGAGCGCGUCCCGGGGCGGAUGGGCGGCCCCGCCGCCCGGUCCUGCCGCUGACUGACACGCCCUGCUCCAGCCUCGCCGGGAGGGGACGCGGGAACGCCGCCGUGGAGGAGGCCCUGCGCCCACAGCCAGGCCGUGACGCUCCCGUCCCCUCCCGCCGCGGUGGCCACCACUGCAGGCCCUCGCGCCCACCACCACCCUGGCCUGCGUGCUCCGGUGUCUCUCCUACCGGAAGGUCCAGCAGAGCCACAGCCCCCCCAGCGCCAGCCCUGAGCCGUGAGCGCCGCGCCCGGCGGAGAUGGUGAAGAUGACGAGAUCCAAGACGUUCCAGGCCUACCUGCCCAGCUGCCACCGCACCUACAGCUGCAUCCACUGCAGGGCCCACCUGGCCGCCCACGACGAGCUCAUCUCCAAGUCCUUUCAGGGAAGCCAGGGACGCGCCUACCUCUUCAAUUCCGUGGUGAACGUGGGCUGCGGGCCCGCAGAGGAGAGGGUCCUCCUCACUGGUUUACACGCUGUCGCGGACAUCUACUGUGAAAACUGCAAAACCACGCUCGGCUGGAAAUACGAACACGCCUUUGAGAGCAGUCAGAAAUAUAAAGAAGGCAAGUUUAUUAUUGAGCUUGCCCACAUGAUCAAAGACAAUGGCUGGGAGUAGAGUGAGAGCUCCGUCCGAUUCUGUGAGAGAGACUGGAGCCGAGACGGAGGCCUAGGGGCACCCGGCGACGCUGUUUCCUGAACUGGACCCCAGCGCUGCACACUGCAGGCCCGCGGCCCCUUCCUCGGGUGAGGUGUCCCCUCCGGACUGCGACCCCCUCGUGUGCACGGUCGUUCCUGGAGUUUCCCGAUGACCUUUUCCUAACUCCUCGAGCUCUACAGAAAGAUAACCAACUGAUGACUCCUCUGUCUAGCUGAUACCUUCUCUUAACCUUUUAACGUAGACUCUGGCUGUGCCUGCUUUUGUUCAGCAGGAUAUCUGGAGACAACGUCCCACCGCUCCCUCUUCAGAGGGAGGAGCUCACAAGCAUUUUUUUUUCCAUCGCAAAAGGACAAAUGUGUUGUUCUUCUGGCAGAUGAACUGUUAAGGACAGUAGUGCUCAUUUAGGAAAUUUCCAGAAACAGUGAAUUUAUACAUCAAGGGUAUUUUUUUAGCCUUGUUCAAACGUACAAAGGUCAUCACUGGUAACUUUUUAGAGGAGCUGUAACUAGAGAAGCGCGUCUGAUGGAAACGUUGAUUUAAGGCAGCAGAUUCCUCACCGGUGCACACACGAACUGGCUGUGGGACGGCGGCGUUGCCAGCGUGUCCGGUCUCGGCAGGACUCUGGCCUUGGGGCUCCCCUCGUAAGGGGGAUCACAACGUACGGGUUGGUAAGUUGCUGUGCUGGUUCUGUGUAGUUACACUUCAAUGCACUGGACAGAGUAAAAAUCGGAUUUCAUUUCCCACUAUGGAGGUAAAGAAAAAGAAUCAUUUUUGCAUAUGAGAGAGGCCAGAACUUUUGUGGGGUUCCCCCCCCCAAGUUUUUUCAGAAAAGCUUACAACUGCAAGAUAGGUUUAAACUUUGUGAAUGAGGGUGUGUGGUUUGCCGGGGAAGCUCUCCCCGUGCUGCCUGGUUCAGUGGUGUGGACCCGGGGCCCUUUGGGGCCGCUACAGGAGGUCUCGGCACGCCGGGGCCGAUUUGUAGAGAACAGGUGCCCUAGUUCUCUCGUUUUCAAGGUUUUCACUGAUGGGCCUGACCCAUGGCUGCCACAGGUGCUGGCACAGGGGUGCAGAGGGGCAGGGGAAGGCCCUGAGGGAGACGGACAUGCAGUGGGCCCAGCCCCAGCCCAGUGUCAUGGCCCUGACACGGGGUAGCUCGGGAGCCGAGUGCAGCUGGCUGGGGACAGAUCAGGGAAACAAUCCUCACCCAGUUUCCUUCUCUUGGCCCCGAGCAUGACGACCACGGCCAUGGGGAAAGACUGUGAGCCCCUCUGGGCUCUCCGAGGUCCUCGCCAGCCCAUGCCUCUCCCAGCCCCUGGCCCGGCAGGGGUGAAGGCCGGGAGAGAGCCCUGCUGAAGCCGCCUCCAGCUUGGGAAGGGGAGGAAAUCUGUGUCCAGCUCUGUAAGCUUCUCUCGCUGUCGGUUCCCUUCUGCAGACAAGGCUGUCCCAGUGCGUUCCCCGUUUCUAACGAUGGCACCCAGCCUUAAGGCUUUCGAGAGCGGCUACCCCGACGGCAGGGUGACCUUGCUGGCCAGGCCUCCACCCUGCAGCCGGGGUGGCACGUGCGGUAGCCAAGCUUGCGGGCUCCGGUGCCUUCUUCGGGGCUCUGGAGGGACUGAGACACAAAGACGUCUUCCUUGAUGGAGCAAUGAGUACCAAAUAAUUGAAAACUUACCUUAAAUUGACAUUUGUUUCUACUCAAGUCUCUCUUCCAAGAGGGAGUUUAGCGUCCGUGCUACAUCCGGGGGUGCCGAGGGACUGGAGGGGGCAGUCUGGGGGGCCGUGUCCAGACCCGGUGCUGGCUGCUGACCUCUUUUCAACCAGAUGUUCCGUUUAAAUUGAAGAGACUCUCCUAAAAUGACCAAUUUUCAUACAUGUGAGAGUUUUUCCAUGUUCCGGGCGUUUGCGGCUCCUUCGCUGUGAGCACUUUGGUUUCUUGUACUGUCUCUCGUGGUGACACAGUUUUCUACUGGUGAUCUUUUGACUCGAUUUGUAUUUGUUUUUGUAAUUGAUGCCAACAAAACCUUUAUCACUUUUUCUGUUGGUCUUCAGCAAAAUCCAAGCUCCUUUUUAAACCAAAUGAACCCACCAGGAGCUGGCUUCAGGGAAGUGGGGUUCCCAACACCCCCCCCACCAGGCGUGCUGGGGAGCGCGUGCUGGAACGUUCCGCCCUCUUAAAUCUCUAAACAACAGCCAUCAUCCGGUCCUACUUAAAUUAUUUAAAACACUUUUUCCUUAAGAACAGAAGGUGAUGCCAGGAUUAUGUCUUUAACUUAAACCUUUUAACUUAAGACACUAUAGUGGCAGAGCAAUUUGUUUUAGUUCAGUUCUGUUGCCAUUUUAUAUAUAUAUAUAGUAUUUUUAUACCUAACACUUAUUCUUGAUGGCAUCUAUCAGAAAGGAUCAGAAAUGGGAAUUUUUUCACAAGUUCUUUAAUUGAUCUGAUGACCUCAUCAGGUAUUUAUAAAAUCCAAGUGAUGUAUAUCUAAAAAAACUGGGAUUUGAGCUCUGAAAUGUAGAAAUGUAAACACGUGUUUGUCCGAGGCUCUGAAGCGGUGCCCGGUGCUGCCGCCUCUGUCCUGAGCAGCAGGUCUGAGCCAUCGAGGGCCGGCAAGGGGGGGGCGUCCCCAGGCCCCCCAGGUGGAACGGCCGGCAGGGACGGGCCCGGGACACCUGCAGCUCGCCUCAGCAGGACGGGGAAGGCCCUGCCAGCCUCUGAUCCUCUCUGUAUCUGUGAGAUUGAAAAUAAAGCUUUCGAAGAUGAA